UUAUUUUUAAUCCCACACGGACACAGUCUGACACACGGACGCCGAAGAACGGGUCCAUUCUCAAGACGAUCAGCUGGAAGUGCGUGGAUAGUGGCGUGUGCUUAUAGAUCCUCCCACAAGCAUCUGCGUAUUUAUAAGGCACACACAAACCACCGUCAGUCGUCAUCACAGGACAUAGCGUGGAGGAAGAGACACCAUCCUAAGAGCGUGCCAGCUGUGGCUCAGGCUCCCGUCAUGCCUCUUCUAGAAGAAACCACUCACCCACAAGAACACCCACCCAUUGUUCCUGUCAUCAUCAUAGGCAACGGACCAUCAGGUAUUUGUCUUUCGUAUCUGCUAAGUGGCAACAAGCCUUACUUCGACCCAACAACGGUCCACCCAAACCCGAUACUCUACAGAAAACUGCAGGAGACCAAACACCUUGCCGUCACUGAACAGGAUCUCGAACACUUAAGCGAAGGUCUUGAGGGACGGUCAAGGAACCCCGUGGCUGUGCUAUUUGACACACUGCUGCACCCAAACGCCGACUACGGCUAUGAGUACCCUCCUGUGCUUCAGUGGAGGAGGGAGAAACAGCAACACAUCCCACAUCUCGUCCUAGGGAGAGCAACACCUGGGGGAGCCUGGCACGCAAUGGAAGGCUCCAUGCUGACUAUAAGUCUUGGCAUCUGGAUGGAGCUUCCCGGAGUCAACUACAGGGACCUGAUCGGCGUAAAACGAAGGGAUGUCACCAAUGACAGAGCCACGCCUGAGGAGAUCUCAUCCUAUUACCGCAACUAUGUGAAGCUAAAAGGCCUCCAAAAGAAUUUUGUCGACAACACCUACGUGACCUCGGUCCAAAGACUCUGCCGGGGCCACAAGACGGAAUAUCUGAAAAAUGGACACACUCGUCUCGGAGACGAAAGAGUGGAUGAUUGCGGAGAUGAGAGCUUUGAGGGUAAUGGAGUAGAAAGCAUCAGCGAGGGAGGACUGGGCCCUCUCUGGGAAGUCAGGGGAUACCAACAGCUGCAGAACAAAACUCAUGUUCCCUUCUCUCUGUUUGCGGAGAAUGUGGUCCUGGCCACUGGUGCCUCCGAUUCGCCGGUUCGAUUAAGCGUGGAGGGAGAGGACCUACCCUUCGUGUACCACACCAUCGCUGACCUGGGCUUGGCUAUUAGCCUCCAAAAGCUUGAUAGAAACUCAGAUCCAAUCUUAAUAGUCGGGGCCGGCUUAAGUGCCGCAGACGCGGUUCUGUGCGCUUGCAGCUGCAACGUCAGAGUGCUGCAUGUCUUUCGAAAGAGCGUCGAUGACGCCGACCUCAUCUUCAAACAGUUGCCAAAGACCUUGUACCCAGAGUACCACAAGGUCUACAACAUGAUGUGCUCUCAGACCUACACAAAUGUGGUUCCCUCAUCUUCUUCAAGCAGGGCUCAGACAAUGAGUAUUGCUUCUUCCGUUUGCGCCAAGAUGUGCCCCAGGCCACAGUUGGCGGCUGCUAGCAUGGCCAGUAACGCGAGCGUCAGCCACAUUGCCGACUACACAAGUUUCCCGGGCCACUGCGUGGUUUCCUUACAGUCUGAUAUGAAGUGCUUGCUGCAGGGAAACAAUGCCCUGAAGGCGUUCAAGAUCUCGAUGGCCCUGGUACUGAUCGGGACCAACCCCAAUUUGUUUUUCCUCAAAGGCCACGGCCAGUAUCUGGCUCAAGACCCCACAAAGCCAAUUUCCUGCAAGCAGAACCCCAUAGACAUUAACCCGUACACCUUUGAGUGUACCAAUGAGCCUGGUCUGUUUGCCAUGGGCCCGCUGGUGGGAGAUAACUUUGUUCGCUUUUUAAAGGGUGGCGCUUUAGGCAUCGCCACCUGCCUUCUGAGAAGACUCAAGAAAAAGGGGAAGCUCAUCGGCAAUGGAGGGAAGAACUUCAUUUGAAACGAGGUGACGAAAGCAAAAAUGUUUGGUUUAAAACCAUCUUCAUAACCAUGUGUCGUUUCUUUUUCCGUGCGAAAGCCUUUUUUUAAGAAUCGUAAAGAAAAUGGCUGUACAUUUCUAAAUAAGACACUUUGACUUUCCAGGAAUCUAAGCUACCGUAUGCCGACAUUUGCAAUAUCUGCCAUCCAUUUUGGAACCUCAGAACUUGAGACGUUUUUUUCAUCAUUUUUUUCCUCUUGUCAUGUAUUUGAAUUCAGCUAACGAACUUAACAUUUCCUUUCAUGAAGCUAUUAAGAGAGGCAAGAAGUAGAAUAAACUCAAGAGUACUGAAAGAGACAAAUAUUUUGACCAUACCAUGGUCCCAGUUUCUUCACAGAAAGUGUGAGCGAACAAAAAAACAGAUAGAGCGAUAUGUUUUUGUUCAGGGCGGAUAUGAGUAGUCAAGGAGCCUGAUAACCGAUAUUCAUUUGCAGUAAAAGGGACAACAUUGACGUAAAAUUUUUGAAAAAUGCAAACUCCAACACUUAACUUGAUUCAAAUGUCUCCAAGCAUGUUUAUUGAAAAGCUUUUCAAAUUUGCAGCAUGAUAAAGAUUUUUUCAUUUUUUUUAUCUGCUCAACUGAGAAGGUUUUAGGCAGAUCAUCUUAUACAGAAUGUACUUGAGUAUGUUAUGUUUCGAAUAUCUUCAAACGACUGUGACUAGCCAUUUAACAUUUCGUGACAUGGCACUAAUUGUAGUUGUCUAAAAUCACACCGGGGUUUUCAAUAAUUUUGUACGAUGUCAAAUUACGGUCAAAACGUAUUGAAAAAUCUUUAUAAACAUAAUAUCACAAGAAUAAAGUCAUCAUCUCAUGAGAA